AUGGCUGAUAUAGCUUUGCCAGAAUCAACACUGAAUUCAAAACAAAUGGCACAAGCAUUAGAAUUCUAUUUACAAAUUGGAUAUAUGACCUAUCUCAAUUGUCCUGCUACGUGUACUACAUCGAAUAUCAUCUAUACGAUGAAAUAUCCCUGCGGUGAUUAUGAUUAUGUGGAUUCAACAUCAGGAACAUUAGCCGAUGCUAUGGCUUAUCAUCGAGAAUAUGGUAAUCAUAUUAUGCAUGAAGCAUUAACUGGUAGUCUUCUUUUGCAAGCUUCAGACUUCUUUCAUAAUUCACAAAAGUAA